CGCGGCGUCCUCGCGAAUCAGAAGGCGGUUCUGAGGAAGAGGUGUGCGUGUGUCAAGCGGCACGCGCAGGUUUUUGACGCAUGCGCAGUGGCUCAGUUCGAGAGCGCGCGCCGUGCCGUUGAGGCUCAGGCUGAGGGAAGGCGGGCCGGCCGGCUCGCGGCUGUCUGGCCUCGGUCUGUGGCGGCGGCGGCGCCCGCAGGACGUUCCGGAGCCCCCGGGGCUAUGACCUGCCUCCCUGGCUUCCUCAGCGGCGGCUCUCCCUGCGCCGCCCUCCGCUCCCUGUUCAAAUCCUCGCGGCGGCGCCAGCAGCAUCACCACCAUCAACGGCGCUUCACCUUAACCUCUAAGCUUCCCCUCCUCGCCUCCGCCGGGCUCCCCGCGCCUUCCUCGGCGCAGUCGUCGCCCUCGCCCCGGCACCUCAGCGCGGAUGCUUCCUCCGAGCUCCCCUCGAAAGCCGCCGGCGGGGGGUUCCGCCCCUCUCGGGUGGUGGUGGUGGCCAAGACCACCCGCUAUGAGUUCGAGCAGCAGCGCUACCGCUUCGCCGGCCUCUCGGAGGAGGACCUUAAGCAGCUGCUUGCAUUAAAGGGAUCUAAUUACAGCGGGCUACUUGAGCGACAUCAUAUUCAUAUUAAAAACUUGGAGCAUGUUGUAGAUAGUUUAAGGAAUGAGAAGAUUGAGGUACGUCUUGUGAAACGCAGAGAAUACAAUGAAGAAACCGUUCGGUGGGCUGAUGCAGUUAUAGCAGCAGGAGGUGAUGGCACAAUGCUGUUGGCAGCCAGUAAGGUGCUGGACCGAUUAAAGCCAGUUAUUGGAGUAAACACAGACCCAGACAGAUCUGAAGGCCAUUUGUGUUUGCCUGUACGCUAUACACACUCAUUUCCAGAUGCUCUACAGAAACUCUACCGUGGUGAGUUCAGAUGGCAGUGGCGUCAGCGAAUCCGAUUGCACCUUGAAGGGACAGGUAUUAACCCUGUCCCUGUUGACUUGCAUGAACAGCAGUUGAGUCAAGAACAGCACAGCAGGGCCCAUGUUAAUGAAAGAUUUCAAGAUCAAAAGUCUCAAGUCUCCAAACCACAUCUGUUGCCAGUGAGAGCAUUAAAUGAAGUUUUCAUUGGAGAGUCCCUCUCAUCCAGGGUGAACUAUAAGUCCUGCAAACCCAGUUUUAAAUUCUCCCUUCAUAGGGCCUCUUACUAUGAAAUAUCAGUUGAUGAUGGUCCAUGGGAGAAACAGAAGAGCUCAGGUCUCAACAUAUGCACUGGAACUGGAUCAAAAGCCUGGUCUUUUAAUAUCAACAAGGUAGCAAAUCAGGCUGUGGAAGAAAUCCUUACGAUUGCUAAAAAGUACGAGAGUUUAAACCUUCCAUUGAACAAGGAACUAAUAGAAAAAGUAACCGGUGAAUAUAAUGAAUCGCUGCUGUAUGAUCCAGAGGAACCCAAGAUGUUUUUCAGCAUACGAGAACCUAUUUCAAAUCGUGUUUUUUCAAGUAGUCGGCAGAGGGGAUUUGCUUCAAAGGUGUGUGUCCGCUCUCGUUGUUGGGAUGCCUGUAUGGUUGUAGAUGGAGGAACAUCUUUUGAGUUUAAUGAUGGAGCGAUUGCAUCUAUACUGAUCGAUACAGAUGAUGCACUGUGUACUGUUCUACUGCAAGAAUGAAGAAGUGCAUUGGAAUCAUCCAAGCCCUCAGAAUGGACAGAAGGGAUGCCUGGACAAUAGACUGGGAUGCUGGAAUGGUCUCAGAUGUGAAACUUGUCUUUCUCUGUAGGCAGUCACUUAAGAAACAAAGAUCGAAAUAGCUCAUCAUUUCUUUGGCGAAGAAAUUCUUGUGAAACUGGUGUUUGUCAUUUAUUGCAUCUGAUAACAGGAAACUUACUUGACAGGCUUCAGACACAAGCCUUUCAAAACAAAACUUAAUGUGACAGACUUUUAAAACUAAAAGUCAAACUAGUAUUAAUAAUUGUACAGUUUUGUGAUAGUUUGACAAAUUCAGCAAAAUUUUCAGUUUCUUUUCUAAGAGCAAAUGCUGUCAAGGCUUGUUAACUUGAAGGUAAAUGUUAGGUUAAUGUUGGGAUUCGUUUACCCAACAAAUUAAAAUAACUUGUUGGUACCAAUAAUUUUUACUUUUCUAAUGUUUGUAAAAAGUACUCAGUAGAAACAUCAGUCUCAAAUUCACACGGAAAACUACGAAAGUAUGUUAGAACUAAGAAAUUUCUCUUGUCCUGUGCUGCUCAUGCUUUCCUGUUACAGCUAGAGGAACUUAAUCAUGAUCACUGUCUUUCCAAUCAAUUUAAAAAUCCAUUUUUAGUGGUAGUCUGCAUUGAUCUUUGAAAAAUGCCCCUCUGUAAAUUUCCCAGAAAUUGUGGUAUAUAGUAAUUUUAGGCAAAGGUUGCAUACUUAAAAUUUGGAGCUUAUUUUUCUUAAUUAAUGAAAAUGCCAUUCCUUGUAAAUUUCAAAUUGUUAAGAGUGCAUGUUGUUGUUGGAUGCAUACAACAUAAAACUCAUCUGUGUUAAAAUGAACAUAUAGUUAGGCUCCCCGAGCAUCAUGCAUUUUUUAAUUGUGUUUUAUGUAAAGCAAAUGCCAGUCAGAAUUCCUCCUUGCCAUUAGUAACGGACAACAGCCCGUAGAACUAUGACCAUAGCCAAUGACUUGCCAUGCUUAUUUAUUAAAUUAGGUGUAUAGCUUUUUUUGCAAAUAGUGGUUGAUACUGUGUUUAACGCUAGAAAACUUGCAAGUUUGUUCAUUCCCAUCCAAUUAAAUCACUGCCAAAUACAUUGAAUGUUUACAUUUGAAACAAUAAUGAACUUUCAAUGUGAGUUAGGUAAAUGAGUUAUUAAAGACACAGUUCUUAACACUUUGCCCCAAAAGGUAAAACAUUUUUAAAGCAGUUUUGAAAUGACUGUAGAAAUGUGCUUUGAGAGUAAGCCUUUCUUGGUGGAGAAAUAGCAAAGCUAUUAAACUGAAAUACAGGCAUCUAGCUCUUUAAACUUUAUAGUAAAAGCUCCAAAUUAAACACUGCAUGCUGCAAAAAACAGCAUUUUGGUUGAAAUACUGGAUGAGCUGUUAGUCUGCUAUGCUGAAGUCAGUGGGACUUGCUUCUGAGUAAAGGUACUUGGAAUCAGGGAGCAUAACAUGUUUUGUAAAUUAAGAAAGCUGUGAAAUAGACUACUAGUUUAUGGUUUUUGUUUUCAAUAUAAACUGUUUGAAUACUUAAUAGCUAUAGUUCAUAUAGCUACCAUGGGAAUUUUAUAGCUAUGAAAUAAAAAUCUCCUAAACACAACCCAUUGCUUUCUGAUUAGAGCUCCUACAUGUGAACAAUCCCACCAGCUCCGUUUCUUUUCCCUGCCAAACACACAGGCACAGACUGCCCAUUCCCAACUGUCCUGUUAUGCCAAAAGGAGAGGGAGAGUCUGUGCUGGAGCCCAUUAUGUUGAAUGGGCAUUGUGAUGAGUAAGUGAUUAUAUCCUUUGAAAUGAGCCAUUUUUGACUGUACCAAAACCAUAAAUGGUUAAAAAAGACGGCAAUAAACAUUUUAUCUUACAGAAUUUGGAACAAUAAUGGUUUCUCAAGGCAAAGGUAGAAUCUUAGAUUAAUUCCCCCUCCAAAUGACUGGUGGGUGGGAGAUGUGAAUGAGGAUUUGCACAGACCCACUAUUUUAUGUAUGAAGUGUUCUUGGACCACCAAUUGUUAUAGUUCAUAUGUAUAUUUAAUGGUUGCUUUCCGUGUGGAAAUUAAAUAGAGAAAAGUAAGUGGUGUUUGUAUGAAAGCCGUGGACAAAUCUUUUGAAACUUAAUCCAAGGUGUUGAAACAAUUACUGAAAUCAUUUUGCGCUAAGCUGAUGAGACAAUUUUGAAAUGUGCACAAAUAUAAGUAAUUUAAUUUUAAUUGGCUGUGUAGCUGAAAUGACCUUACAUUCUCAAUUGCUUAAUUCCAGCAUCUGUUUCUAUUAACCUUUAAUCUGGGUCCUAGAUUCUAUUAAAAAAUAAAGACAUUGAUUUGGUUUAAUAAGAAAUGUAUACUGUACUUGAUAAGUAAUAAAGGUAUUAGUAUUUUUUGAAAA